CUGAGAGGAGGCCGGGCCCCGCCCCGGUCCGGUCGCCACGGCAACGGCUGGGGCCCGGCCCGGCGCUGAGCGAGACACGGGCACCAUGGGGACAGUCCCAGGGCUUUACAGCUCCUGCCAAUUCGCCUUCUCCUCGGGGCUCCCCGGGCGGGCCCCGCCGGCGUCCCGGGGGAGAAGGCUGCGCCCGCCCCGCCCCGCCCCGGCGUCCAUUCCUGGGCCUGCUCCCCAGGUGAGAGCCGGGGCCGAGCCAGGCCCGGGUGCGCUGCUCGGCCUGGGGGGCCCGGCCCGGCCCCGCUCGUCGCCCGCGCGUGAGGCGAGCCUGACUCGGCCUCGGGCGGAGGGACGCGCUCGGAGAGCCCGGCCGCUCCACGCUGCCCCGCGAGCAGACGCGGCGAAGUCCCGCCUCGGGAGAGACGCGUCCGGGGGCGCCGCCGGGCGAGGGGGCGUUUCCCCGGGCCGCGGCUGUCUGCUGGCGCGGCCCCGGGGCUGCGGUCGCACAGCCUGGCUUGGAGCGGCAACGGCACCGGCCACACGCAGGGCUUCUGUCAGCAGCACCCCGAGCACAUAGCGCUGCCGCACCCCAGAGCAGGGCGAGACGCGACAGAGGCCCGUAUCUAAACGCUAAAAGAACAGGAGGACUUGUGGCACCUAACGCGUUUCUCCGAGCAUAAGCUUUCGGGAGCUACCGCUCACUGCAUCGGACAGCAAGGAGCUCACGCUGCUUGGCUGCGGCUCUGGGCUAACCGUAAUGGAGCAUGCUGUAACUUUCUUUUCUCUGUGCUAGCCAAGGCCUUCCGAUGCUGUGUUCCAAGUGAUAAUAAACCCAACCGUUUCUUAGCACUGUGUGAGUGCCCCUGCAGAUGCUGGUGGGGCUGCAUCGCUCUCUAAGACAGUACAAGUCUCCCUCAGGGGUCUGCCUUCGUGGGACUUGCUGACUGGAGCUCAUGGUGGGAAGCAGAGUGGCUGAAGGGCCUAAGGAGGUGGGGAUGCUGCGUGGCUUAUACUGGAGGAAGCGUGAGACCUUCAGGGGCUCUGGCUCACUGAAGGGGUCCUCGCAGACAUCGUUCCAAAGCUGGGGCCAUAGCACUGAUCCUGGGGAUCCGUGAUAGGGUGCUCUGAGGAGAGGUAAAGGCAGGAGGACUUAAGGGGUGCGCCAAGAUCAGAAAAGGGACAGAGGUACAACUGACCUUGUAACCAUGACAACUUGUUUUGUGAAACAGCUGCAUGGCAGUUCCUUCACAGCUCCCUUCCUGCUCAGGAGUGACUCAAAGAGAAAAGCAGCCCUCAUGAUUCACAAGCAGCACUUCUAGGUGCAGGCUUGAGUCCCAGAGAGCCACAACUGGUGGCUCAAGUGUCACCUGAGUUGCUGGAGCGUGUACCUCGCCAGUGGUGCUUCACACACUUUCAAACUGAAGGUUGCUUCUUUAUCUGAGACCUUCUUGGAUGCUCCCUACUGCACCUUCCCUACUGCAACAAUAGCACCUGGGUCCAUGAAAAAGCCCUUUGUGCAGGAUGAGGAAAGGCUUAGCCCACACAAGCUGAGUAGGGUCAAAACUCACCCUGCCUGGGCUCUGACCUCAUUAACAAACAAAUCAACAAUAAGACACAUCUAGCCCAAGCAUCACUGCUCCUAGGGACCUGGCUCAGCCCAUGCCCUAGGACAGGGGUAGCCAACCUGAGCCUGGGAAGGAGCCAGAAUUUACCAAUAUACAUUGCCAAAGAGCCACAGAAAUAUGUCAAUAGCCCCCCAUCAGUUCCCCUGCUCCUACUCUCCCAGGGCCUCCCACCCACUGGCAGCCCCGCCAAUCAGCGCCUGCCUCUCCUGGGAACGUAAAAGAUGUUAACAGAGUCCAGGACCCGAGUCAGACAGAGGUAUAGAAAGAACUCUGCUUGGAACCUUUGCCCGCAGGACAUUUUCUCCCUAUCCCUCAGAGUGCAGCUUUCUAUGAAGACUGCCGAGGCACAGCAGAAGCUUUUUAGAUGGCCAGGCUAUCUCUGAUUUCAGGAGCACAUGCUCAGGCUUAGAAGGAUUCAAUUUUUGUUAUCAGUAAAUGUUGGCAAACAUCGAUGUCACCGCACACAGACAAACCGGCAAACAAAUAUUUCCAGUGGCGAUAACAGAAAUUUAAAGAUAGGCAAAGUAAGACAAAUGCUGCUUGGGAACUUCAGAGUCAGCUUGAAGGAUAUUUACUCUGUAUGUUCUGACAUAUGAUGCUGACAAUUUGUGCUUUGAUAUAACAUUUUAACUUUUUGAAUAUCAGGGGCUACUGUCAUGAAAUAACAAUUGUCUGACCCCCCUCAACUUCCCACAACUGUGAAACUUUAAAUAGAUGAAAGUAAAAAAAACAAACAACAAAAUAAAUAUUGAUCCUAUCCAUCAAAACUGUUAAAAAAAGAAAUGAACUUCUGCCAAGCUGCUCAUGCUCCACUGAGCACUUGCCAGCUGUGUCCCCUUCCUUUAGUCCAGACUGUGAGGUCACUGCAGAGUUCUGUGAUGAUACAGCAAAGAACCUUCUGAGCCAUGCAGGGAACAAGGAGAAGCCAAGCUGGACUCAUGAAUCCUCAGGUAACAGCUCUCUUUGUGGGGGUCUCCAUUUCAGACUGACUUCACGCUGCUGCUUUCUCUCUCUUUUCAGAGCCCAGAGAGUGCUUCCCAAACCAAAGUCAGCUCCCCAUUUACACUGCUUCCCCGAGCUGAUGCCAUUCGCUCCAAGCUGAUCUACACCUUCUACUUGAUCGACCACCUUCAGGGACUUAGCCAUGCCAUCCCACGGCACAAUAUCAAGGAUUUCCUUGGUAACAAGCCACUCUCACUAUGCCAACAGCUGGGGUCCUGUGAGAGGGUGGAAUGAAUGAGGAGCUCAGACACCUCUCAGCAUCUCACCUUGAGUGCCUCUCUUUCCCCACAAACCACAUGCAGGGACCCCCACCCCCCAGCAACAUGCCCUAUGCUUCUCGCUCUGCUGGGCAGGCCUGCCAAGUUUCUCCAUGCUGACUGGGAACCCCCUGGGAGGAGUUCUGUGUCACUGUUCCCUACAGACCCCAAGAAGCAGAGGAAACUGAUGCUCACAGACCAUAACCAGCUGGUUCGUUUCAACAUCACCCCAGUCAGGAACACCAUCAUCACCCCAGAGAAACGCCUACGUAAUCGCAUCCAAGUGCGCUGCAGCCGCUGGCCUCCCCUGCCCAUGUGGGCAUCCUGGGUCCUGAACAGUACCAUCUUCAAAAGCUUCAUCAUCUGUCUCAUCUUCCUGAACAUGCUGGUUCUUAUGAUCAAGAGCGAGGUGAUGGACAAGAUGGAUGUCAGCCUGAUGAACCUGAAGCUCACCUUAGAGGUGACUGUCUGGGUCAUCCUCCUCAUUUUUAUCAUGGAGAUUUUGCUGAAUUGGAUUGUUAGUUUCAGAGGCUUCUGGAAAAGCAGCUGGAAUGUCUUUGACUUCAGCAUUACCAUAGUGUCCGUGAUCCCUGAGUUCCUGGACAUCGUUGGCGUAACCAACAAGAUAGCUGCCAUGAGACUCAUCAGGGCCUUCCGCAUCCUCCGCACCUUAAAGCUCUUCUCCAAAUUUCGGCAAGUUCGGGUGAUCAUCCUGGCAAUAGCAAAGACCUUGAAGGCCAUGACCUUCAUCCUGCUGCUCUUGCUGGUUUUUUUCUAUGUGUUUGCCGUAUCUGGCAUCUUCUUCUUUGAGAGCUACAGUCGGUCAGACCGCACCGACCUGGAGUUCAGCAUGUAUUUCAGAGAUAUCCCCAACACCUUGGUGACACUGUUCAUUCUCUUCACCAUGGAUCACUGGUACGCCUUGCUCCAGGACACCUGGAAGAUACCCGAGAUGAACAAGGUCAUCAGCAGCCUCUAUAUCAUCCUCUGGCUGCUGAUUGGAUCCUUCAUGUUCAGGAACAUCUUUGUGGCAAUUAUGGUGACUAAUUUCCAGAUGAUCCGGAGUGACCUGGCUGAAGAGGUGAAGCAGAUAGAGGCCCAGAAGAAAGCAGAUUUAUUUAAAACACAGAUUAUAGAGAGCAGGUCUCAGGCCUCAGGCUUGGAGGUUUGCCCAGGAGCAGAGGCAGCCCCUAGUGCGCAGCAGCCAGAGUACAAGGUGGUAGCGAAGCAGAGUGUGAAGGACUUGGACUGGGAGACGUACAUCCACCAGAACCUGCAGAGCCUGGUGGAGGUCAAUGAGGAUGGGUGGGUGGUGUGGCCCAGCGACUCCCUCUUCCGCUACUUUGAACUGCUGGAGCAGCUGCAGCACAACCUUGAAGAGCGCAAGAGGCUGCAGCAUUAUGCAGUCAUGGCCUUAUUAAACAUGGAGGACAAGUAGGGAGCCAUGUCCAAGGGACUCUGUGCAGCAGGAGAGCCCUUCCCGCAAGGGGAGAAGUCAGCACCACUACGCUACAGAAAGAACUACAGAACUGCCAGCAGGAACAGCUGCCCCAACCCCUCCCUCCCCUGGAUUUCCACAUUCCCCCUCCAAUACCCACACCAAUCCUGUUUCAGGUUUAAGGCAGCUGGCCUUAGAGGCAGUCUAAGACCUGGGCUAGAUUAAAUAGGAAGUAGCUGACCUUUGUAUUCUUGGCAGCAUGGGCUGAUUACACAGCUGAUUCAGCCGUCCUCCCCAGGGGUCAGCCCUCCAUUCCCUUCCCUUAGCUGUGGCUGUCCCCCCUGCACUGCACAGCACAAGUGCCCCACAAACCUGCCUCCCUUUUCCCUUGGGGUGCUGAUGCAGGCUAACUGCACCAUGGUUGGCAUGCUGGAGCUGCCGACCUUCUCCAACAAGGAUACUGGGUCUGGGGCAACUCAAGAACCAGCCUCCAACCUGCAGGCCUUGCCCAGCCUGUGCUACGUAGUAGUGCUUUGGGGAGGGUGAGGAAGUGCUUCCCCUCAGCUCUCUGCAGGAAGUGGCCAGCAGUGGCAGACAGGGAAGGGAUGGCAGAGCCUAGAUUCUUUAUAGAUCCAGUUUACAGGAUUCCCAUCUGCUCUUGCCCACGGCAGCAGUUCCUUUGGGGUCCUCCAUUACUGGUGCCACCCCCGUCUGCUAGCAUCAGGAGAGCUAAGAGGCAUGGGCUAGAGGUCAGCACUGCUAUUGUGGGAAGUGGGGCUCUGUUCCCAGUUCCUCCAGGACAGGCUGCAAGAUCACAGGGAAGUCUCCCCAUCCAUAGAACAGGGAUAAGGCCCAGCUCACAGGAACACACAAAUUGAUUCUUUAGCCGGAGACUAGGCUUGUCUCAGCAAACUCAACCCGGGCACUGCAUUCCCUGCAGCACCUGGGUUGUGAGCCUGGGUACUGCCCAGUGCCACCAGUGGUUGCCUGGGGGAAGCAUCUCCUCCUCUGGGGGAUGAGCCAUUGUGCCUGAAGAGCAGUCCUCUGUCCU